GAGUCAGAGUCAGUCGUCAGUCGGUUGUCGGACGUGAGUCGGGUGAGUGCGGUUGCCGUUUGAGGUGCUGAGUCGAGGUGUGAUUGUCGCGAACUCCAACCACCGGCACACUGUCUGCGCGGACUAGCACGACGGGGGCGGGGCCGGGGGCGGCGAGCCUCCGAAAGAACCGCUCCCGUUCGUCGUCGCGGCCCCACGACGAGAAGCCCAAGAAGAAGAAGACGGCCAGCGUCUCCCUCGUAUCCAUACCCAAUGCCAUCAAGCUGUCCAUGCUCAACAGUGGACUCAUCUCAUUUGAAGAGAAUAAUGGGGUUAUGUCAACAAUUCCUAACAAGCCAAUUCCAUUAAAAGACUUUACAAAGCAUUGUGAACAACGACGAAAAUUCCCUGUAUUGUACAAAGUUGAGUUUCAGACUGCUAUCAAAGUCGAAACACACUCCUGCAGGCAUGCUACAAAGCCUGACAACAAAGAGAAGAACCAAAACCCAAAGUGCAUUCCUUAUGAUUAUAAUCGUGUAGUAUUGGACCCAUUAGAAGAUGUGCCAGAUUCAGAUUAUGUCAACGCUUCUUACGUUGAUAGCCUUUUGAAACCGAAUGCCUAUAUUGUGGCUCAAGGCCCUACAGAAACGACGGUGAAUGAUUUCUGGAAGAUGAUAUGGCAAGAAAACGCCAGUUGUAUUGUUAUGUUGACGAAAACGUUCGAUUUUAUCAAGGUAAUGUGUAUGCAAUAUUGGCCAUCAGCCAAGGUGAAAAGUGAAAACUACGGCGAUCUCAAUAUUUCAGUGAAGAAAGAAGAAGAACUUGCCAAUUUCCACAUACGAACAAUAAGGAUAAUAUACAAACAAGGAACUGAAGAGGAAGAGGAGCGCUCACUGUUGCAAUUCCACUACACAGAAUGGCCGUGUCACACGUGUCCUUUUUCGAAUGCGAUCCUCGAAUUCCGGAGACGGAUAAGGGCGGUGGUGGGUUCCUAUCGGACGUCGCAGGAAGGUCCAAUUGUCGUGCAUUGCAACGAUGGAGGAGGCAGGUCAGGGGUGUAUCUGGCGAUUGAUGCCAAUAUGGAGCUGGCUGAGGAAGAGGACGCUUUUGAUGUUUUCGGAUACUUGAAAAUGCUGAGACAAUCAAGAAAAGGACUGAUAGAAACUUUAGAGCAAUACAAAUUUGUUUAUGAUACGUUGGAAGAGUUCGUGGUGUGUGGUACAUCAUGGUUUCCAGUGAAGGAGCUAUCUCAGAGGUUAAAACAGAAGUCCAUGAAGGAUCCUGUGACAAAGCUCAAUGAAUAUCAGAAGGAGUAUCAACAAAUUUGCAAACAAACGCCGAGGUUUACGAUUGGUGAUUGUGCGGGAGGUCAUCGUGGAGACAACAGGGAGAAGAAUAGAGAUGUUCUUGUCGUUCCUCCCGAUAACUUCAGACCCUACUUGACAUCAUUCCAAGGAAAUACCUUCACAGACUACAUAAAUGCAGUAUUUGUUGAUGGUUACACAAAACCAAGGGAGUACAUUGUGACAGAAUGGCCAUUGAAACACACUCCUGGAGACUUUUGGUCAUUGGUCUAUGAUUAUGAAUGCUCUGCUGUUGUUGUUCUCUGUGUUCCACCAAAAGGCUCUCAACAAUAUCCUUCGUUUUGGCCUGAAGGAAGGCAUUCAAAAAAAUAUGGUCCAGUCUUCACAAUAGACCAUAUAUCGCAUAAUCAUUACACCAAUAUAAAGACAUGGGUAUUCAGGAUGAAUAAGAAGAUAGUGUCGCUGACGGAGCUGAUGGCCGGAGUGAAGGCGCCACCUCGCAAUGUGCAACUGUUCCAGCUGACGUGUUGGCCAAUGGGCCACCGAGUGCCCACAUCCACCAACUCACUCGUCGAGCUCAUGAACAUGGUGGAGCGCUGGCGACAACGCACCGACUACGGCCCGGUCGUGGUCGUGUCGUUCGACGGUCGGGGUCGUUGCGGCGUCUACUGUGCGGCCAACGCUUGCAUUGAACAGGUCAUCCAGCACGGCGAGGUCGACAUCUUUCAGGCCGUCAAAACUGUGCGGCGUCACCGGCCUCAGCUCAUCGAAAAUAUGACCGAGUACAAGUACUGCUACGACCUUGUCCUGCACUACGUGCUGCACUAUUUGAACAAAGACAUGAAGGAGAAGAAGUGAGAGUGUGAGAUAGAAAGUCAGUGGUUCUAUUUGUUUGGGCGGGGUGCGGCACUGCCGGUGACACCCGAUGACCAGAUGCUAGCAGGCCUGACGCCGAGUCCGGGGGGCGACGACCCCCCGGGGGCCCCAACGACCCCCCCAGGGGGCCCACCUACUCGGGCCGCGUCGUCCCACCCCCGCACAUUCCCCGCUGCAGCCCGGUGUCCGACCGUUGCCCAACCGACACCAUCUAUGCCUCUUGCAACCAACAAAGUCCAACCAGCUCAGCUUCCACCCUGCACUCACUCUCCUUCUCCACCGAAGACGCCUCAACCAUUGACAACAGCCAUCAAGACCAAAGUGAAGCCACCUUCAUUACUCCAACUCCCAGUUUCCGGUGUAAGUCAUCAAACAUUGAAAUUGAUGAAUGCUCAGAAGAUGAAAGUGAAGCUACUACGUCGGCAGUUUUUAUCACUCCAACACCCAGUUUCAGGAGUAAAUCACGUUUGUCAUCUACCAUUGAAAAUAGUGAACGAUCAGAGGACGAGUGUCUAGAUUCCUUGUCAGAACAAUUCAUUACUCCAGCCUCCAGUUUCCGGGGUAAACUACGUGCGCCGUCAAACAUUCAAUACAAGAAAGGGGAAAAUGAAGCGACCUUGUCAGCAAAGUUGUUGACUCCAACUCCGAGCUUCCGGAGUAAGCUACGAUUGUCUAUCAAGCCCAUCACUGUUCAACCGACCGUUGUUGUACGUUCUACAGAUUCGGAGACUUGUGCUUGUGUGGGUGACAUUAUCGUGGAAGCGCCUAGGCCGCUGCAAGUUGGCUUUGGUGACGCCUCAGUGCCUGUCAACGAGCAUCAGCCCAACGGCGACAGCUCAAACCUCUCAACUGCAGCAGUCGACCACAACGAGCCGUCGACUCAAACUCAAAUAUUUUGCUGUGAUCUUUUUAAAAUUGAAAUCACGAAUGAACCGCACAAUCAUGAUAAUUUAGAUGUAGCGAGGAGACCGUCCGCUGAGCCUAUCAAGUCUGAGCCAUCAUCACCCAUUCAGGUGCUUGAAGCUGCUGACUUGUCACCACUCUCCAGUAGCCAAUCGAGCAGUGCUGAAAGACAGCAAAAGGGUUCAAGAACAAAACGAUCAAGUUGUUUUCCCUUCUAACGCCUAUCAGCACUUUCAAAUAUUAUAACAGUGGUUCACAAUUUUGAUAACGCUUCAAGUUGGACGUUAACAACUAGAACUAAAUAGAUAAUAAAUAGAAUUAACGGAUUCGUCGCAACAAAUUGAACCUUCAAAAUGUUUCAUUGAUAAAUUGAAAAAGUUUUAUAGCUCGAUUACUGAUAUAUUAAUACGUGCCAAACUAAAUUUAGAGGUAUUUUUUGUAGAGGAACCAAUUGGAGUAUAAUUUUAUAAUGUAGAUAGCUAAAUGUUGUUUUCUAACGUCACAUAUGUAUAAUUAAAUGAUGACUUUUUUAUUUUUUAUACAUUAAUAGUAAGAUUCGAAUCAAUUUUAGUGGAUAAAGCCCCAGUGUGGUUGACAUGACAAAUUGUUAUAAAUAGUUUAUUAAGUUAAGCUAUUUGGUUUUUAUUUGAUUAAUUUUUAGUGCUUAGUCGAAUAUUUUCAAUUUGUCCAAUCAAAAGAGAUAACAAAUGAAUGCUGCUCUUCACAAGUUAUUGAAACAUGAAAUAAUUAUUUGUGACACUUUGCUGCACCGAAAGAAACGUUCACGCAAAACCGUAGUAGGCGAGUGUGGAAUGGCUUCUCAAGUGCAGCAAAGGAACUAUGCACACGUAUCACACAUUACAUUUUUCCUACAGUUACCAUUGAAUGUGAAAGUGAGUAAUUGGGGGUAAAAAUUUAUUAUAAUUUUCGGUGUAAUUUUGUGAUAAAUAACCUAUUUAAUUCAUUCAAAAAAAAGAUAAUUCAAUUAAUAGUUCCCAAUUAAUUUUUUUUCUAAAUAUAAUUAUUAUUUAAUAUAAUAUUAAUAAUUCAAUCGAAAUCAUGAAUAAUUGUGUUUAUACAAAAUUGAAUAUAUUUUCUGUAUACUUAGAAAUUAUAAUAUUUGAAAUAAAAUAUAAGUAUUUAUUAUAAUAAUAACCAAUUAAUAAUUCAACUAAUUUUAAUAUUAACUAUUUGUUCAUCGAUUUUAAAUAUUUAUUUUGUCAAAAUUUCAUGGAUGAUCUUCUUGAAGUUGAAAACUCUGCAAAAAAAGAUUGGAUGGGAACCAAAACUAAAACACAUUAACGUUUCAUUUACCAGUCCAGCACGCUGCCAACUGAGCUAUGAGAGCGCUCUGGUGAUAGGCUGCUUGAAGGGGGUUUUUAUAUUAUAUAGGGCAUUGAAGUGAUUCUUAUCUAGCCACGAUCACUGUAGCCAACUCAAUUUCGGUUUUCGCUCACUGAUCCUCUACAUAACCCACUAGAGAUAGCAUAUUUAUUAUUAGAGGUAGCAUAGUCACCUCUAAUAAACCUGUAUUAGAGGUGGCUAUGCUACUAGCCAUUUUAUGUUCAAGUCAAGUGCGGAAAAGUGAUUCUUUGUGUUCUGUAAUCAGUGCAGGAAUGGUCAAUUUUCAAGGUAACUGUAGGAAAGUAUAAAUAUCCACUAGAUUAUGCUGGUAUUGAGAGUCUCUUUGAAUUAUCUAAAUUAUAUUAUGAAUAAAUACCGUAUUACAAUAAUAGAUUCGAUACUCGUUUAGUCUGAAAACACAGAGUGUGAAUAUUAUACAAAAAUGGAGGAUUAUUACUUUAACAAGACUACACCACUAUUACAUGCAUUACGCAUAACAUAAAAUUCAUAUUAUAAAGUAAUAUAAUAUAUUAUAUUAUGCAUGCUGUAGACCUAUAAUAUGGUUUGAAUUUUUGAAUGAAUUCCACUCCCAUAAAAAAUAACACAUGAAAAAUCAUGAAAAUUAGCUGGCCACUACCGUGUACUUUCCAUACAUGUGACCAGUGUGUAUCUAGAAUAAUUAUUAUUAUUGAUGAAUGAAAUAAUCUCGAGUGCAUUUACUGUUUAUGAUUAUAAUGGUAGUUUCGAACGCCUUUAUCGGUUUGGGAGAAUUCACCUUACAAUAUAGAGCUCCGUGGAAAAUGAUUUGAAGAAACAAAAUACCUUACAUUUAGGGCACAUUUUUCACCCUCCAAUCCAUAAGAGUUUUUCAAAUAUUAACAGUUAUUGUGACACUAUUGUCGUAGAGUAUCGUAUAUAGGAUCAAUAAUAAUUACAAAAAUAGAAAUGAUAAUUCGAGUACCUGGAAAGGGUUACUAUGAUAUUAUUAUGACGUCGAAUUCAAUAAUUAUUCUUUAUCGUUACUCUAUUUUUGGUGAUAGAUCUAAUACAUAUUUCUCCAUAGAAACCGCAUCACCAGGAUCUCUUUAUUGUCAUAAUAAAAAUCAAUUCAAUUACCUACGCUAAGCUAACAGCUAGUCGAAUAGUGAAUCAUAUUAUUUAUCAAAUCAGUUUUAUAUUAAAUUUGAUGCCGGAAGGUAGUUGUGAUAAAAAUCUUAAGGGAACACUAGCGAAUUUCUUAUUGUCAUUCUAGUGCCUGACGAAUUUCGUAGUGGAUCUAAAUUUAACUAUAUAGUAGACCAGAAUAUAAAUUUAGUACAAUAUAAAUAUGUAGCAGUUCACCAUAUUGAUUUUUAUUUUAAUAAUAAGAAAAAUUUAGCCUACUUUUUUAUUAAUUUAUUCAGGUUUAGAACAUUCAUACUAAUACUAAACAGAUUAAUACAAAUUCAGUUAUGCCGCUAAUUUGUAAAGUUUAAAAAUUUGCCGACUCAAAUCUUAUAAUAACUGACAGUUUCUUAAUUCAAUUCUUGAAAUAUUAUGCCAAGUUUAAAUAGUGAUCUGUCGUCAUAUUUUCUAAUGCAACUUUCAUUUCUCAUAUUUUUGCUUUUUACAAUGUUCUCGUCAUUGGUAAUAUAGAUCGCUAAGUAUGGUAAAAAUGGCAUUUACUGCAGAACUCCGAGCACCAUAAUGUAGGCUACAGAUGUUUCUCAUGGUGGUGGUGUAUUUUCAAGAUGAAUGUGGAAUAUUAUAUGAUUAAAAUAGCUAUUCUUGCUACGUAGCUGGUCUAUAAAAAUAUAACAUUUGAAAAAUAAAUAAAUCGCUAUUAAACAUAAUAAAUCAUAUUAGUUUUAUUAUAUAAGAUUUAUCGCAGUAUCCAAAAUAAUAAAGUUAAUAGCCAUAAUAAUUUCCAUUGGAGAGAGUAAAAUAUUCAAUUGGAAAUUCCCUUCAUGAACUCUUCCUUCAAGAUUUUUACAAUUUGACUCCAAUUAAAAAUAAUAUUCAUAAGACAAUGCAUUUAGGUAAAAUAAUAUAGUACAUCCAAUCUUGGAAAAUUGCUCAGUUGAAAAAUUAAUAAUUCAAAAUACGGUUUAUAUACGGUUAUAAUUAGUUAUAUUAUACAAAACUAUAUUCAAAAUAGAAAUCUGUUGAUUAAUUAACAUUAUAAAUUUCAAGUAUAACCUUCUACGAAAUAUAAAUAGAUUGCAUUUACAAGUAGGCUAACUAAAGUGUAAUCUGAUCUAAUUCAAUAUUAGGCCACGUAAAUGGUACCAAAUCUGAAAUUUUCAAUAAAUAUUAUAAAAUUAUUCGCCUAAACAAUUCAAUAAAAUUUAUAAUUUCUGCCCCAUAUUGUCAACAAUGUUUAAAAUGUACAUUAGAAAAAUCAAAUAAGUCAUUGACACACUUGUAAACCUUACUUCAAUAAAAUAUGUGAAUUUAUAAUGUAACAGAAAGUCGGUUUGAAGAGAUUGAUAUAGCUGGUAAUGAUGGAUUGAAGAAUCUGUGGGAAUGAUAAAAUUGUGUACUUUUCCCUUCAAAUAAGUUAUUUAUGUAUUGGAUUGAAGAAAUGUUAUUGAUUGUUUGAAUGUUGGAAUGUUAUACCCUUUAAUGGUGAUGAUUGACGUUACAGUGGCAUUGUAAAAGUUUUAAUAUAUCCUACAAGAUGAUACAAUAUUCAUUUCCAGUCAAUUUAUUACUUUGGAAUCUAAUUGGUAUCAAUUAUCCAAAAAUAAUUUAAAAACCAGGGAAAAAAUUCUGAAAGUAGAGGUUGUUUGGGGUGGAUCAUAUACUAUUACAAAUGUGAUUCGAUUAGAAUAAUUAGAUCAGAUACUUAACAAAGGGAUCAAUCACAACGUUUGACCAAAUUUUUCAAUUAGAGUCCAUGAAAUUGUAGUAAUAAACCAGUUCUUAGAAAGUACCAAAUUCUAGCUUUUCAAUAGAUACCUAGGAUUUGGAUUUGUAACUGAUAUAUCUGAGUCUAUUCUGAAUCGUUGGAGUUUCAUAUUGAAAAUAAUUUGAUAGAUCCUUAGCCUAUAAAUCACAUGCGAAAUAACAUGAGCGGUAGCCUACUUUAUACUAGAAUUGGAUCUUGAUACUAAUAGACUCAAUUGGUUUGACAAAAUAUGCUAAAUAGUUUAAAUUUGAUACAGGUAGAGAUUUAUUUCUGUAAAAAUUUAAACAUUUCAACAUGUAAGGAGUCAAUAGUAUCCUGCUAUUGUGAGAUUAAUUUCAAACUGUCAGCUCUUCUUGUGGAUGACAUAAAUUAAUGUUUCCUAUCAACCAAUAUUGAUAGUUUAAAUUAAAUACCAUUAUAUCUGAUAUUGAAAUGAACUGUAAGAUACAUACAGAUAUAAAAACAAAACUUGAAAAUUAGAAUAUUGAACUAUCUUCUUUUUAUUAGUGUGACAAGCGAUAAAAUAAAAUUUAUCGCUAUGUUCAUCUUGAAUUUCAACUUUGAAGUAAUUCUGAACAAAACAAGUACGGUUCAUAUAAUUUUGAAAAGUUGAAAAACAGAUAAUAAAACAUGAAUUAUACAUCGUAAUUUAGUCAAUAUUGGUAUUCUCGUAACAAUUACUGUAAUGCUUUCUGAAGUAGUUGAUUUCUGAUACAAUUUUGUUCUACAAAUAGGAAAAAGUAUAGAAUACUAGUAUACAGUAUAGUACCGUACUCUAUACUAUACUAGUAAAGUAUAGAACAAAUUAUAGAGUAUAGAACUUGAACUGAAUGUAGAAAAGAAUUAUUGGGGCCAGAAAUAGAAUGUUGCUUGCUUUUGUUGGUCUUCAUUGAACUUGAAUGUCAAUAACUAACUGAUUGCAUUGUAAGAUGAGAAAAUAUAUAGAUUUAUGAGAGUUUCUCAAAGUAUCAGAAUGCCUUAUUAGGAUUUAUCUAUUUAAUCUUUUUUAACCGCAAACGAAAUGCAAAACGUUUGGUAGAAUGUAUAGCUAUGUACGAUAUUUCAAGUCAAUUUUUUUUCUUACGAACUCGAUAUUCAUCAUUGGAAAUCAUUGUUUAUAUAUCCUGUUUCAGUAGUGGAUUCAAAAUACAGUUUAUUUUAUCCUGAUAGAGAAGAGAGAAUUAAUCCUGUUUUCGAACAGUUUCAAAUUCAUAUGAAAUAGUGAUUGGUGAUGCAACUCUAUAACUGCAUUUUAUAAAUAAUGUCAUGAUCUGAAAGUAAUAGUUUGUGAAUAAUUUUUUUUCGUUUCUAAUGAAUAAGGUUAGUUGAAAUUUUAGAAGGAGAUAAGAUAUGUUGGAAUUGCAAUUAUUAUAAAAAAUGAUUGAAUAAGGAUAAAUGUUUCAAAAAUGAAUUAUUAUUGAGUGUGCAAAAUGUUUAAUCUAGAACGAAUUAUUAUUAAUCCGC